AUGUCCUCAUCCCUUGCCAAUGCCUCAUCCCCCCCCAACACCACAGCUGCCUCCGUCCCCGGCGCAGCGGUGGGGCUGACCCUGCUGUCGGUGGCAUUGGCGGUGGGGCUGCCGGGCAAUGCCAUGGUCCUCUGGAGCUUCGCCAUCACCCGCCGUCGCAGUGUCCCCGUCCUCCUCAUCUUCCACUUGGCCUUGGCCGAUGUGGUCACCCUCCUCACUGGUCCCGUCUACCUCCAGGCCUUGAGUGUUGGCCAAUGGGACAUGGGCUUGGCCGUCUGCCGUGGGUGUCACUACCUCGCUGCCACUGCCAUGUAUGUCAGCAUCUUCCUCAUCGCUCUUCUGGGUCUCCAUCGGUGCUUGGCAGUCUCCAGGCCAGUGAUGACGGUGGUGACGGCGGGUGGUCGUGCCGGACGGUUGGCUCACGGAGCAGCUGCGGUGACUUGGUUGGUUGCUUUGGUGUUGGCCAUCCCAUCCAUCGUCUUCCGAAGGGUGAAGGAUGGGCACUGCCAGCGGGUGCACAGCACGGAGGCUUGGUUGGUGGUCCACAAUCUUCUGGAGACCAUCUUGGGUUGGGCUCUACCAUUGACUGCUGUAGCCAUUGGCUACGGGUUACUGGUCCACCGGUUACGCCAGACCCGCUUGGCCAGGCGCGGUCGUACCUUCCGGCUGGUGGCUGCUGUGGUGGUGGCCUUUGCCAUUGCAUGGGGCCCUUACCAUCUCGCCAGCUUGUUGGAGGUGGCAAUGGUCCUACAAGGAGGGGGUGGGACUUUGAAGGCGGCCGCCAAGGCCACUCGGCCACCGGCCACUGCCUUGGCCUUCCUCAGCAGUGCCAUGAACCCCCUCCUCUAUGCCUGCGCUGGGCGGGGGCUGCGCCGUGGUGCCGGGGGGUCUCUCCUGCCCCGGCUCCUGGAGAUCUCAGCCAUCACUGGCAGCUCCCGCCGCUCUGUCACCCAUUACCGAGGGAACGGAGGAGAAACACGACAACUUGGGACACCCCCCCCGGGGGUCUCUGGGACGGCGGUGUCACCUGUGUCCCUCUUGCGUUUCCGCAUCUUCUCCCUGGACCCCGACCUGCGGCCGAACCCUGAACCCAUCCUGGUCACCAUCACG